GGAAAGAAAAAGAGGGGUUUUGGAGAAGGCUGGUGGAAUGGCUUUGGUGGAAAGGUAGUAGACGGUGAAACAAUUGUAGAGGGCGCUAAAAGGGAAGUACUAGAAGAAUGUUCAUUAAAUGCUAGCAGUUUAGCGAAGAGAGGAAUAAUAGAUUUUGAAUUUGUUAAUGAUCCUGUCAUUUUACAAGUUCACAUCUUUGAAAUUAUCAAGUUCAGUGGACAACCGCUUGAAUCGGAAGAAAUGUUACCGAAAUGGUUUAAUGUCAAUCAGAUCCCCUUUGAUAACAUGUGGCCGGACGAUAAGAUGUGGUUUCCUUACUUGAUUGAAAAGAAGUAUUUUGAAGGUUAUAUACUCUUUGAAGGUCAUACAAAGGUUCUUGAUUGCAAGUUGGUAUUAAAACAUGAUGGACAGGAUGAUAACAGCGCGGAAUAA